UUUUCACAAUAAAUUGAUCGGUAAGAGGUAAAACUGCGAACAUGCAAUAUUUAACUUGAAGUAAAUAUUCACACACACGACAUGAGUUGGAAAACGACACAUUUUCAUAUCCAAUUCUUAUGUCGACGUAGAGAAAAGGUCAAUAUUCACCUUUUCUUCGAAACUCGUAUUUUCAAUAAUAUUGCAAAUAUCACAGUGAAUAAAAAAUGAAAAUGUUCGGAAAAGAUCAGGCUACAAUUUGGUGUUGAAAACCAUUCUGAAUUUCUAGUGGUUCACUCCACAGGGUGUCUCAAUAAACUCCUGAAUAUUACUCAAGAGAAAAUUGAUGUCAAACUAAGUGCAAAUUUUGUCCGUUCUUCUAAUUUUGUCAGUGUGUUGACGAAACUUUCAGCAAAAUAUUUUCAAGCAUCCCUAAACCAAAUUUUUGCUUAUUGGUACCGUUUCAAUGGUAAACCUUACCGGAAAACCAGAACCUGCCUUGAUCACUUCCAUCAUAUCAACAUUCAUUUUUCUCUCCUUUUUAUCAUCUUUGUCCCUUUCUCUAUCCAUUCUAGGCUUUGACCUAGACUUUUCCAUUUGAUCCAAAUCACGCGUCUUGGAGCUAGGAACAUCAUCGCGCAUUUCUCUCAUUUUUCUUUCCGGAGUAAUUUUAAAUUAAUAUUGCAUUAUAUUGUCAAAUUGACACGAACUGGUGAUUUAUUUAGAAAUAUAAACUUCAUUUCCUGUGGAAAUUUUGUUUCUAGUGAAAAAUGGCUUCGCACAUAGAGAACAAGGCCAAGCAGCUUCGGGACGAGGGACUCAAAAAACUCAAUUCUCGAGGAUUUUUUCAAUCCUGGUUCGGAGGUUCGGAUAAGGCUUCAGAAGCAAUCGACUACUACACUAGGGCGGGAAACUUGUUUAAAAUGGCAAAAAACUGGCAGGAAGCAGGCGAAGCUUUCCGCGAUGCCGGAGAUUUGAAUUGCAAAACCCAAGACGACUUGGAAGCGGCACUCAACUACUCAGAAGCGGGAAAUUGCUUUAGAAAAUACGACACCGCCAAAGCCGUCCAGCUUUAUACGAAAGCGAUUAAACUGUAUUCGGAAAUGGGUCGGUUUUUUACUGCUGCCAAGAUCGAGCAAAAAAUCGCAGAGCUAAUGGAAGAAUUGGAGGAUUUUUCGGGAGCGAUGGUCCACUACGAACUGGCUUCGGACUUGUUGCACGACGAGAACCAUCACACGAUGGCGAACAAGUGCAUGCAGAAAGUAGGCGAGUUUGCAGCUAUUGAGGGAAAGUAUCAAAAGGCCAUUAAGGUGUUUCAGGGACUAGCCGGUCCUUUAUUGACGUACACUGCUAUAGAGUACUUUUUUAGAGCGUGUAUUUGCCAUUUGUGCAACGAUCCUCAAAUGAUGGAGAGUGUUUUGAUACGAUAUCAAGAAGCUUAUCCGAAAUUUAAAAACACCAGAGAGUACCAUCUAAUUAUUACGCUUUUGGACUGUAUGGCGCAAAACGAUAUGGACAGAUAUGCAAACGAAAUAAGAAUCUAUGACGGAACUGGCAAACUGUCCAAUUGGCAUAUGACUAUGUUGCUCAGAGCCAAAAGCUCUCUCGAUUAUGAAAGUCUCAGAUAAAUGGACAAAAUAAAAACUGUUUUAGUUUUUUUUUUCUCAUAAAAAUUAAGAAUUUUUUUAUAAAACAUACAUGUUUAUUCAGCAACUUUCAAUGUCAGCUAAAUUUUUAGAAUCCUCAAACAACCACAAAUCCUCCUCAUCAUCUGGAGCCCUAUUUUUCUCAUCCCAAGCAGCUAAAAAAUCCAUAUCUUCUUUAUCGUCAUCCUCAUCUACCAAAUAUUUCAAAUCUUUAUAUUCUGUAGUAAGAUCCAAUUUUUCACCAUCAUAAAUCUCUUGAGCUCCCAUAUAUUCGCCAGCAACAAGAGAUUUAAUCAUAUAAGGCCCUUCUAGUUCAUAUCCUAAUUUGCGAUAAUAAUUUCUCGUGCCCACUCCUGAUAUAACAGCAAUUUUAUUUGAUUUGUGCUCACUUAUAGCUAU